AUGUCAUUUUUCGAUACAACACCUGUCGGUCGUAUUAUCAAUCGUUUUGCUAAAGAUAUUGAUUCUGUAGAUACAACAUUACCUAAUGCUUUUUCUCAAGCACUUACUACACUAAUUACUGUUGUUGCAACAUUAAUAAUACUUAUCUAUGGAUCAUGGAUUGCUAUAUUUGAGCUUAUACCACUUACUAUUCUUUUUGCUUAUGUUCAGCGUAUUUAUAUAUCAUCUUCUCGACAACUUCGUCGUCUUGAUUCUGUUACACGUCUUAGUUCAAUUCGAGCUUAUCAUGUACAACAACGUUUUAUUGAUAUGUCUGAUAAAUUUAUGGACAGAAAUCAGUCAUGUAAUUUCGCUAGUUCAGUUGCUAAUAGAUGGCUUGGUGUUCGUUUAGAAAUGAUUGCUAAUCUAAUUAUAUUAUUCACAUCAAUUACUUCUGUAUUUAUACGUAAUCAUUUGACAGCUGGUACUGUUGGUUUAAUGAUUACUUAUGCUUUGCAAAUUACAAAUUCACUUAAUUUACUUGUACGUACAUCAAGUGAAAUUGAAACAAAUAUUGUUAGUGUAGAACGUAUCAAUGAAUAUGCUGAACUCAAUUCUGAAGCUCCAUGGGAAAUUCCAGCAAAAAAACCAUCAUCAAAUUGGCCGACGAAUGGAAGUAUUCAAAUUAAUGAAUUAUCAAUGAAAUAUAGAGAAAAUUUGCAGUUAGUACUUAAGGAUGUAACUGUUAAUGUUGAAGAUGGAGAAAAGAUUGGAAUUGUCGGACGAACGGGUAGUGGAAAGACCAGUUUGUGUUUAGCACUCUUUCGUAUUAUCGAACCGACUACUGGUACAAUUAUCAUUGAUAAUGUUGAUAUUCGUUCUAUUGGUUUACAUGAUUUGCGAUCAAAGAUUACUAUUAUUCCACAAGAUGUGGUUAUUUUUGCUGGCACUGUAAGAUUUAAUAUCGAUCCAUUGGGUAAUUACAGUGAUGCAGAAAUUUGGACUGUGUUAGAAUUAGUACAUAUGAAAGGACGUGUGAUCUUAAUGGAAAAUGGUUUGUCAUAUCUUUUGGCAGAAGGUGGUCAAAAUAUGAGUGCUGGUGAGAGACAAUUAUUGUGUUUAGCACGAGCUCUUUUAAGAAAAAGUAAAAUAUUUAUACUCGAUGAAGCGACUGCUGCUAUUGACAUGGAAACCGAUCGUCUUAUCCAACUCACUAUUCGAUCAGCAUUUAAAGAUGCAACUGUACUAACGAUUGCUCAUCGAUUGCAUACAAUUUUAGAUAGUACUAAAAUUCUCGUUUUGUCCGAUGGUUGUGUGCAAGAAUAUGAUGACCCGAUACGUUUAGCGACAAAUCCGAAUUCAGCAUUUGCUAAGCUAUUACACGAUGCAAAUAUUCGUCCGUCGAACAUCACUACGGUUCUUACGUCUCGACGAUCAAAUGUAUCUUCAUAA